GCAGCGCUCUCGCCUGCUCCUCCGUCGAGCCGCCAUGUUGUCGGAGUGAAAGCCUGGGGUGUCAGAGAGAAACUGGGGCCGAAAUCCGCGACCAUCCACCCUCUCCGCCGCCAAAGACAGAAGUGCUGUAAUGUUUACAGUAUGUCAUGCUGCUGCAGAGAGAGACGAGUUGGCAGGCUGUGGUGGAAUGAGCAGUGUGUGUGUGUUGAAGAGGAAAGCAGUGCUCUGGCAGGAUUCAUUCAGCCCCCACCAUAGAAGUACAUCUCCCAGCAUGCCCGUGGUGCUGAGUAGCGGAGGACACGCCCCUCCAACUGGGCAGACCCCUCAGGCCACACCCCCCAGCCAGCAGGGCGUGGCGGGCGCUGGACGUUCCCAGGACGAUGCCAUGGUGGAUUAUUUCUUCCAGCGGCAACAUGGCGAACAGCCCGGCAAACAUCGCUGGCCCACCGGAGACAACAUCCAUGACAGCCAGGUACGCUCCAUGGACGAGCUGAACCAUGACUUCCAGGCUCUGGCUCUGGAGGGCCGAGCCAUGGGAGAGCAGCUGCUAACCGGUAAGAAGUUCUGGGAGACAGACGACUCUGGGAAGGACGGACCCAAAGGGAUCUUCCUGGACCAGUGGAGGGACAGUGCCUGGGGGGCCUCAGAUCACUCGGUGUCUCAGCCGAUCAUGGUGUCCCGCCGGCCGGGCCAGGGCUUCCACGGCGGGGGAGAGGUGGGAGUGGGCUCGGUCAUGUCGCCGCGGUCUGAAAGCGGAGGGCUGGGGGUCAGCAUGGUGGAGUACGUCCUGUCAUCCUCACCGGCUGACAAACUGGACUCCUGCCUCCGAAAAGGACCAUAUGGGCAGCGGGAUGGCGAGGUGGAGGAGGAGAAGAGAGAGAAGCCAAAGACGACGUUUGAGGGAGAGAAGCUAAAAGAGUUAACAGAAAGUGAAUCGGACGUCAUAAACGACGUCAUCAACCCCAACGGGCUGCCUGUACAGAACGGCCUCGACGUCGACGUCAAAGAAUUCGGUCGUCCCCCGGGCAACAUGCCGGCCCCGGGCCCCGAGGGCGACCUGCUGGGAGGCCCCGGGGGCGUCGGAGCAGAGGGCCUGACGCCCCUGGGAGGCGGAGGUGGACCCAAACCUCCCGAGGACUUCUCCAGCGUGGAGCAAGGUGGCGUUACCAUGGACCCCAUGGAGUCAGUGAUGGAGCCGCUUCAGUUUGACUACAACUCUCAGAUGCCCAUGGACUCGGCACCCACUGUGGGCUUAUUCGACUACACUAACCAGCAGCAGCUGUUUCAGAGAAACAAUGCCCUUGCGGUGCAACAGUUAACAGCAGCCCAGCAGCAGCAGUACGCACUGGCGGCCGCACAGCAGCCUCACAUCGGUCUGGCCCCAGCGUUUGUGCCCAAUCCGUACAUCAUCAGUGCUGCUCCCCCGGGGACGGACCCCUACGCAGCGGGACUCGCAGCAGCAGCCACACUUGGUCCGGCAGUGAUGCCUCCUCAGUACUAUGGUGUGACCCCCUGGGGGGUUUACCCAGCAAACCUCUUCCAGCAGCAGGCUGCUGCAGCCAACAGCUCGGCCAAUCAGCAGGCUGCGGGCCAGGGCCAGCAAAACCAACAGCAGGUGAUGCGAGCUGGAGGAAACCAGCGACCUCUGACCCCGAGCCAAGGCCAGCAGGGUCAACAGAAUGACCAGCUGGUCGCAGCAGCCGCAGUCAACUCGGCCCUCGCCUUCGGGCAGGGGUUAGCAGCGGGAGUCCCCGGGUACCCGGUCCUGGCGCCUGCAGCCUACUACGACCAGACGGGGGCCCUGGUGGUCAACACUGGAGCCAGAAGUGGCCCCGUCCGCCUCAUGGCGCCUGCCUCAGUCAUCAUAUCCCCCUCUGCAGCACAAGCAGUUGCAGCAGCGGCAGCCUCCGCCGGUGGUGCGAACAGCGGUCUGGGCGGCGGGGCCAACGGUCCGUUCCGUGCCAUGACGUCCCAGCAGCCCCAGCAGCAGGGCGGCCCCGGCGGCGCGCUGGGUGGAAGCUCCUUCUACGGCUCCUCGUCCCUCAGCUCCUCCUCCCAGAGCUCCUCUCUUUUCUCACAAGGCUCCGGCCAGCCCGGACCGGGGUCCGCCUCCCUGGGCUUCAGCCAGCCGGCCUCGUCCUCCCUCGGCGCCACUCUGGGGGCCACGCUCGGAGGCUUCGGCACAGCCGUGGCCAAUUCGAGUGGCGGCAGCGGCUCCAGGCGGGACUCCCUGACGGGCAACAGCGAGCUGUACAAACGCACACCGUCAAGCCUCACCCCCAUCGGACACGGAGGAUUCUAUAACGGCACCCUGGGCUUCAGUCCGUCCCCCGGUCCAGUGGGCAUGCCCCUCCCCAACCAGGGACCCUCCCACUCCCUCACACCCCCACCCUCCCUGUCCAAUCACAGCUCUUCAUCCAACCUCAAUCUUGGAGGCCUGACCAACGGCAGUGGGCGUUUCAUUUCCGCGGCUCCCGGAGCAGAAGCCAAGUACCGCAGCGCAGCCAGCUCAGGCUCCUCCCUCUUUUCGCCCAGCAGCCAGCUGUUCCCGUCGUCGCGGCUACGCUACGGCAUGUCGGACGUGAUGCCGUCGGGCCGGAGCCGCCUGCUGGAGGACUUCAGGAACAACCGCUACCCCAACCUGCAGCUUCGGGACAUCGCCGGCCACAUCAUGGAGUUCAGCCAGGACCAGCACGGCAGCAGGUUCAUCCAGUUGAAGUUGGAGCGGGCGAGUUCGGCCGAGCGUCAGCUCGUCUUCAGCGAGAUUCUGCAGGCCGCCUACCAGCUCAUGGUGGACGUCUUUGGAAACUACGUCAUCCAGAAGUUCUUCGAGUUUGGCAGCCUGGACCAGAAGCUGGCUCUGGCAGAAAGGAUCCGAGGCCAUGUGCUGUCUCUGGCCCUGCAGAUGUACGGCUGCAGGGUCAUUCAGAAAGCGCUGGAGUUCAUCCCCUCGGAUCAACAGGUCAUUAGUGAGAUGGUGCGGGAGCUGGACGGCCAUGUGCUGAAGUGUGUAAAGGACCAGAACGGUAACCACGUGGUGCAGAAGUGUAUCGAAUGUGUCCAGCCUCACGCGCUGCACUUCAUCAUCGACGCCUUCAAGGGACAGGUCUUCGCCCUCUCCACUCAUCCUUACGGCUGCAGAGUCAUCCAGCGCAUUCUCGAACACUGCCUUCCUGAACAGACGCUGCCUAUACUAGAGGAGCUGCAUCAACACACGGAGCAGCUCGUGCAGGACCAGUAUGGCAACUAUGUGAUCCAGCACGUGUUGGAACACGGCCGAGCUGAAGAUAAGAGUAAAAUCGUGGCCGAGAUCAGAGGCAACGUUCUGGGACUCAGCCAGCACAAGUUUGCCAGUAAUGUGGUGGAGAAGUGUGUGACCCACGCGUCGCGGGCGGAGCGAGCUGUCCUGAUAGAUGAAGUGUGCAGCCUGACCGAGGGCCCCCACAGUGCCUUAUACACCAUGAUGAAGGACCAGUACGCCAACUACGUGGUGCAGAAGAUGAUCGACGUGGCCGAGCCCACGCAGCGCAAGAUCGUCAUGCAUAAGAUCCGGCCUCACAUUUCCACCCUGAGGAAGUACACAUAUGGAAAACACAUCCUGGCCAAGCUGGAGAAGUACUACAUGAAGAACGGCGUUGACCUGGGUCCCCUCUGCGGCCCACCCAAUGGCAUCAUGUAACCCCGCCCUGCCCCCCCCCCCCCCCCCCCCCCCCCCCCCCCACCCCCACCCCACCGCACCGCCCCCCCACCGCACCGCCCCGACUUCCCCUCCCCACCUGAAAUCAUGUCUGCCCCCGCCCCCGACCUCUCGGCACACCUUCCUCCGGCGAGCCCCACCCUCCUGCCCACCGAGCGCCAUGCCCACUCUCCCCUCUCCAAACGCUACCAACCGAGGAAGCAGAGUACCCCACGUACCACUGUUUCCAUGACAACCCUUCGGGAGGAGCCUGUUGCUACAGGCAGCCUUAGUUGAAUUUUUUUUUUUCUCUCUCUCUUUUUUUGUUUUUUUUGUUUUUUUUUUUGUAUUUUUUUUUUUUUGUUUUGCCCCUCCCCCCCACCGAGUCCAGGCCUGCUGAACAGGGGGACGGAGGGAAAGGAGGACAGGAGGGGUGUGGAGAGAGAGAGAGAGAGAGAGAGGAGAGGUGAGACCUGAUCCACUCACCCCUUCACCCCUUUUCCUUUUUCUUUGUUUCCCUUCCAUCUCCUCUUUUCAACGUUUCUGAUAAACUGAAAAAAGAAGAAGAAAUCAUUACACUUUUUGCUACUGCUGCACACACAAUCCUAGUGCCCCCCCCCCCCCCCCCUCCUCCCUCCUCCUCCUCCUCCCUCCUCCUCCUUAGCGAUUCACCACUGAGAGAUGGAACGAGUAUUUAAUUUGUCUGACGUCACAGAAUCAUAGACGAACACACACACAUGCCAUCAGCUAACCAGCAGACAGAUCAUUUAGCAUGGGAGAUUCGUUUUCUGGUCUUGCUUCUAUAAAUAUAACGUGUAUACUUGGUGUAGACCUUUGCAUAUAUAUAUAAAUAUAUAUAUAAAACUUUGUAGUUUUUCUGGUUUUUGAUGUUGAAUCUGUAUCUAUAAUGUAUCCUAGUAGUGACCACAUACUUCUGACUGUAUAAUUGUACAUUUGUAAACCCUUGUAAUGUAAAAGUGCUUUACCACCCUUUUUUGGUAUGAGAAGAAAAAAAGAAAAAAAAAGCUCACUUAAAAAAAAAACACACAAAAAAACUGUGCAUUUCAGUGUA